AAGCAUGUUUACAUUGUAGAGAAACGUCAGGGAUUUGUUGCGAAAGGCAUGGCUUUACCUUUGGUUAGUAUUGUUUGGAUUGCCCUGAGGCAACUGUCUAAACCUCUUGCACGCUACCUUGCCAGCCAGGCGCCUCAUUAUCGAACUUUCAGAGUGUACUUAGUGGUCCCACUGGGACAGUUUUAUCACAGAUGCGAAACUAGGGCAAGAAUGUUGAAUCAGGGCUUCAAAUGGCCUAGAAAGAUUCCGCCUCUUCAAGAGGAAAAGGCAAUCGAGUACAGCACAGAAAUGCUAAGCGAACUCUUGAUAUUUUUGGUUGCUAUUUCACCGAUUGUCUACACAUGGUAUCAAGUGUCGAGUUCUCAUAAAGAGAAAUCAGAAGUUGAACAGCUCAAAGGACAAGCAAACAUUGAGUAUUUAUCUAAUCAGCUAAUGAACCUUACUAUUGAAAUUGACAAACAAGCUGCAGAGCUCAGAAAUUUCGAAAGAAGACUGGGUGAUAUUGAUACUAGACAUCACAAAUUGAUUUCGCAUCUCGAAAAGGCAUGGUAUAAAUUCUGGUGAAACAGCCGAGCAAAUAUGAACUAAUUACUAGAUUUCUAUUCAAAUUUGAUUAUUGUACAAUCGAAAGUUUUAAAAGUUAUUUGAUUUUUUUUUCGUGAGUUUUCAUCUUACUUUCUUACAGAUUAAAAUGAGUUUUGUGGGUAGAUUUUCUCGAGUUGUUCCUGUGAGCAGAACACAUUUUUCGAUACCCAUAUGGAAGAGUGAAGCAAACUGUUUGUUAAAAGUUAAUUUUUUAUCCAGUCGAAGUUUUAGCCGCUCUCGCAUACUUAGAGUUAACGUUUUAGAGAGGUUUUACACCGAAUCACAUGAGUGGGUUUUGUUAAGCGAUGACAAAUCCAGAGCAACUAUUGGUAUUUCUGACCAUGCUCAGAGUUCAUUGGGCGAUGUUGUGUUUGUGGAGCUUCCUGAACUGGAAAAAGAAGUGAAUGUAGGGGACGAAUGUGGUUUAGUUGAGAGUACGAAGUCAGUAAGCAACAUUUACUCGCCUGUGAGUGGCGAAGUAUCCGAAGUGAACUCAGUUCUAGAAGAAAAGCCUGGUCUUAUCAAUGAAAGUCCGUGUGAUGAUGGCUGGAUAUGCAAAUUGAAAGUUGGAGACGUGGCCUCCGAAUUGUCAAAACUGAUGAACCAGCAGAAGUAUGAUCUGUUUUUGAGCAGCCAGGAGUCAUGAUGCGAUGCCUAAUAAUAGAUGCUAUAACGAUUUAAUGUAUAAUGUAUAAUUAGACUGUUGCUCUUGAUAUUUGGAAGUUGUGUAAUAUAAAUUUGCAAAUUGU